AACAAAACACGGUCCAUGGAUGGCGGCCUGAUUGAUCAGAUGUUUAUACAGCACAGACAUAGAAUGGUUUUGUAUCCAAAUACUAUAGUUUAUGAAAAGUGUGUUCUGAAUGGAAAUCAAUGCAGACACUGUAAGCUCUUGCAUGUUCUACUUAAAAUGGUAGAAAGUAUGAAAAAGGUUGCAACAACAAUGGAGUCCGAGCUUACAGUAGAGGAGAGAAAUUUGUUGUCAGUAGCAUACAAAAAUGUAAUAGGAGCCAGACGUGCAUCAUGGAGAAUAUUGAGCAGUAUGGAGCAAAAAGAGGAUGAUAAAAAAGACCAGAAUGAUUCGAAACUUCAGCUUAUAAAAAACUACAGAGAAAAAAUUGAGAAAGAACUGAAGGAUAUCUGUAGCGAUGUAUUAAAAACUAUUGAAAAGAAUCUAAUACCCAAUGCACAGCAAGCAGAAUCUCGAGUAUUCUACUUUAAAAUGCAAGGAGAUUACCACAGAUACCUGGCUGAAUUUGCAAUAGGUAAAGAUCGAGAAGAUUCUGCUAGUGAAGCACGUGCAGCUUACGAAUCUGCCAGCAAAGUUGCUGAAGAAUUACCAACAACACACCCAAUCAGAUUAGGUCUUGCUCUGAAUUACUCUGUGUUCUAUUACGAGAUAUUGAACUCGCCAGUGGACGCAUGCCAGUUGGCAAAAAAAGCCUUUGAUGCUGCAAUAGCUGCAUUAGAUAGCCUAAAUGAAGAGAGUUACAAAGAUUCAACUCUAAUCAUGCAGCUGUUGAGGGAUAAUUUAACUCUUUGGACCUCUGAUAUGCCACAGGAUGAUGCUGACCAACAAAAAGAACAAGUGCAAGAUGUAGAGGGUGGAGAGGAUACCAGUAUAAUAAACUUAAAAUAUGAAAAUUUACACUGUCUAAUGUUUAUUUCAGAAAUGGUGGACUAUAUGAAAAAGGUUGCAAUAAUGGAAACAGAGCUCUCAAUAGAGGAAAGAAAUUUGUUGUCGGUAGCAUACAAAAAUGUAAUAGGAGCCAGACGUGCAUCAUGGAGAAUAUUGAGCAAUAUGGAGCAAAAAGAGGAUGAUAAAAAAGACCAGAAUGAUAUGAAACUUCAGCAAAUAAAAACAUACAGAGAAAAAAUUGAGACAGAACUGAAUGAUAUCUGUUCCGAUGUAUUGAAAAUUCUUGAUGUCCAUUUAAUACCACAAGCAGGAGGAGGAGAUUCAAAAGUAUUCUAUCAUAAAAUGAAAGGAGAUUACAACAGAUACCUAGCUGAAUUUGCCACAGGUGAAUCUAGGAAAAGUUCUGCUGAGCAAGCACUUGUAGCAUACAAAGCAGCUAGUGAUGUUGCCAUGAAUGAACUACCACCAACACACCCAAUCAGAUUAGGCCUCGCUCUCAAUUUCUCCGUGUUCUACUAUGAGAUAUUGAACUCGCCAGACAGAGCAUGCCGGUUGGCAAAAGCAGCCUUUGAUGAUGCAAUAGCUGAGUUAGACACGCUUAGUGAAGAGAGUUACAAAGAUUCAACACUGAUCAUGCAACUAUUGAGGGAUAAUUUAACUCUUUGGACCUCUGAUUUGUCAGAUGAAACUGACCAACAACAAAAAGAACAAGUGCAAGAUAUAGAGGGAGAGGAUGCCUCAUAGAAAGGGACAGAACCAAAUUGUCAUCUCAUAACAAUUGCUAUAUCCACCAUGGAAUUGAGAUGAAGAAACAAAGACUUCAAUCCUUGAUUGUGUUUUACUGUAAAAUGACAAAGAAAAUAUUAAAUCACUAAUCUAUUUACAUAUUCGUAGAAGACGUUUGUUCCUGUGCUGACGUAUUUUAGAAAUGAGUGAAAUGGGAUAUGGAUAUCGUAUUAUUAUUUGAGUUGUAGGAUUUGUGUUGUAUGACUGAUCUGAAUGUGUGUUUAUGAUGCUUUGGAGUUAUGUUUAUACUUCCAUAUUAGCUUACUGUGGUAUUCCCCACAAUUUCCUGUGUUACAAAAAUGAUUAGAUUGUAUUGUCACAUGAUGCAGUCUUUUGAAUGUGUUUUUUUUUAAAGAAAAAGUUAAAGAUGAAGAGUUAGGUAUAUACUUCCCUGAUUGCUUAGGAAACCAGAGAUUUAUAGGUGUUUUUUUUUUUAAAUGUACAAUACUGAACUGAGUAUUGUAAACAUGAGACAAAUUCAAUUUUUGGACAGACAUUUACCUUGGAACUUGUGUCUUAUGUAAACAGACUUCAGAGCUUCUGGUUGCAAGAAUCGUAGUAGGAUUGCUGAAACCAAUUGUAUGAUAGAAAAUAAUCUAUACCUGCUAGUGUACCUUUUCUUAAUGCUCUUAUAUCUAUUUAAUGUAGUGAAGGCAACUUCAGUGCUUGUAAUGCUUUGAUGAUAGAUAUUGUUUACAGUUAGUGUUUUUUUCUAUUUUUAGGGCAUCAUAGCAAACUGUGCUCAAGGGCAGGACUUUGAAAAUUUUGAAAAGACAGAAAUCUUGUCUUAACUUUCCUUCUGUCAAUGCACCAGUCCCACUGUAUUUUUGGAUAAAGAAACUGGGUUAUGUCUGAAAGUUACAAAUGAUAGCACAAUGAUUUUGAGGCAUUUUUAUCUAGCACAUUAUUUUUUGUAUCAUUUUUGAAAAUUAAAAAUGUAUCAAUUUUUGAAAAACCCAGUAAUUCUACAAUUACUUAAGUGAGGUCUCCCAACCACGAUGUAUCCAGACAUGUUCUUAUUAAAGGCAGUAACUAUAUUCUUGUGUUUUACUCAUGUUUGUACGAAGCAUUCUUGGUAAAUUACAUUAUCAUCAAGAAAAAAUAGGAAAAUGUUUCACCUUGAAAUUAAUAUUCAGUACUUGAAAUACUUCCAGUCCAAGGAAAAAUAUUUAAAAUUGAAUAGAUUUCUGUAGUGACACUAAUUUCUUUGUCUGUCUCACCAUGUCCUUGUGUUGAGGCUAGAUAUUACAUAUCAGUUCUCCUACCCUUUAAAAUGGAACGAUGUGAGGAGAUGUGUGUUUUAAAUCGAUCUCCAUCCCCCCACCCCCCACAACACUCGUCCAUCAACAUCUCUGAAACGAAACCAUUUGGUAAAAGUUGGUGACUCUCCAUUAAUAUAUUCAAGUUGCUGUGAAUCUAAGGUUUCUAGUGUUCAGGGCUAGUUUCAGUUAGUCUUUAAAUUGGAGCUGUGAAACUGAGAUGAGCGAUCUGUGCUCUCUGGUUAUAUACUUCACAUGCUAAAGUUUUAUAUAUAGUAGUUUUGAUUUUUUUAAUGUGGCUAGUGCUGUAGCAAAGAAACAUUGUAAUAACAGGCAUUGUUGUAAUUUAAAUAUAUCAUCUUAUUUAAUUAGUAUUUGUGAAUGACUGCAGCAGGAGCCAGGGCAGUUUAUUGGGGAAUUUUAUUUUUGUUGUGUUCACUUGUACCAUGGCUUCUUGAAACAAUAUAAUUAUUUGCACAAAUAAAUGUAAACAGAAAUAUUACAGGGAAAUAUUAGAAAGAACUAGUUCAGAUCUGUUGGCAUUUUGAUUCAGAGAAUUGGAAGCUUUUAUAACAGUAAAUUUAUUAAGCAGUAAUCAAAAAUGCAAUAAUGUUCUUUAAUGUCUAUAACCAAUAAAAUAUGAUUUAUUUACCACAGAAUUAUACAUGGAUCCUCAGUAGAUUAUAUUUAACCUUUAACUUGCGGGCGGCAAGUGUUUCUGCUUUUGCAAGCAGCGCAGACCAAGAUCAGCCUGCACGGAUGUGUAGACUGAUCAUGGUCUGCACUGUUUGCUAUUCAGUGUUCAGUGAACACCCCUCCUAAUAAUAAAUGGUACUGCCCAAAUUGAAUGAUGGACCAGUCCAUUUCAAAAAUUUAGCAGGGUUAAGGUUAAGAACUUCAUGUUUUACAUCACACUGUUUAGUUGUAUUAAUGUAACUAUAAUCUAGCUCACCUUAACAACUAAGUGUCGCUAUCUUGUUCAUUUUUCAUUGAAUGGUUUACAAUUUCAAACUUGCAGAACAUUUAUAACCACAGAAUUCAGUUGUGUGUAUCCAUUAAACAAUCAAAAGAAAAAUGUGUUAGAAAUUCCUUGAUCCAUGAAAAAGGACAACGCAGAUGCUAUAACUAGCAUAAAAUGUUUACCUAGCCAGAUUCUGUAUCAGAGUGGCAUCUCUGAAUACUAAAUACUUUUGGGAAUAACCCUGCUUGCCAUGUUUCAUUUUGGCAUUGUCCUCAGUAUUUCUCAAAAUGCAUGUUUUGUCCUCGAAUUGUCAAAUAUGAAAUCUUUGUUGCUUCUUUUUUUUAUUUCAUUGUGUUUAUAGCAUCAAGAACAUGUCAUUCCUAGAAAGGAACUAUUUUAUAGAAUUUUAAUUUCAUAGUAGAAACUAGUUGUAACCGUAUUUGUAUUAACUUUCGAAACGACAGGAAUGCAGGACAGAAAAAGCAAUCGGGUUUUUAGACAGAUUUGUGUUUUGACUUGUACACACAAUAUUUAUGGUGUUUGGGUUGAAGUGUAAGUUGAUAUUACCAAGUGGGAUUUCCAUAAAAAGGGUUUGUUAAUGGCUUUAAGUAAUAUCUACAACAUUAUGACUAUGAUACAAUGUAAUACAUAAAAUGAGAUGUAUAUACAAAAAAAUUGAAGUAUUUCUGAAUGGAAAUGAAAAUGUUGAAAGACAAAAAGGUACAAUUUGGUACAUCUUUACAUCAUGUUUCAAACAAUCCUGAUUGUUUAUCCUGUGUGUAGUAAUCUUAGUGGUAGUAAUUUUUAAAGUUAAUACUAAUUUAUGAAAAAACCCUUGUUAUGAGUACAACAUAUGCCUGUGGCUUUAUUGCUACCCACCUGAACAAUUUAGUAUUUAAUUUGAUCAAGUGAUAAAAUAUUGUAACAAUAA